AUGGCGGCGGCGGCCGAGGAUGCGAGCCGCGCCCCACCGCUGUAUGAGGAGUACCGGCCACCUCCGCUGGACGCCGUGCGCCUGCCCCGCUAUGUGCUCUACCUGCUCAUGGCCGCGCUGCUGGUGGUGGCCGUGGCCUACGCCAUCGUCGGACACCUCAUCAAGGAUCUUGCACAUGACCUGGCUGACUGGGUCUUCGGGCCGAAGCAGGACCUGGAGGAAGGCCCCCGUGAGCUGCGCGCCAGCCUGGCCGGCGAAGACCUGGAAGAGCUGGACCUGCAGCUGGCCUUGGCCUGGCGCGAGGACGAGGACGGCGAGGGCGAGGCGACCCCGGCAGAAGCCACUGCCCCGGACCCUCGGCGCCCGUCCAUCGCCUUCAAGGACCCGCCCGCCAGCGGCUCCUUCUGGAAGCUGAGCUGA